GGGGGGCGCGAAGGAGGGGUGUUCUUGCUGCGCGCGCUGCUGUCUUGGCCAGAGGCCGCGGCCUCAGCCCGAGACCUCCCUGGCGGGGAGGCCUCCCGCUGCAGCUCCCUUCCCGCCGCGCCUCGCUCGGUUGUUUAUUCCCCCAGGCCCGAGGCGCCACCCGCCCCAGGACGCAGCACCGCUGAGCCUGUCCGCAGGACCGCUGUCUGUAAGUGGACUGACCCUGCCUAGCAGCCUGCCUCAGCCUCCCUUCCUCAGCCAGCAGCAUGGAGCCCCUGGAGAGCCGUGUCCACUACAACAGGUGGGAGGACAGCAGCCAGGAAGAAGUCAGGGUGGCCGGCACCGUGUCGAGCACAGAGGCCUCAUGCUGCAGGAAGGUCUCCCAGAAGCUGUGCACCGGCAAGCUGGGCGUCGCCAUGAAGGUGCUGGGUGGGGUGGCCCUCUUCUGGGUCAUCUUCACCCUGGGCUACAUCACUGGCUACUACGUGCACAAGUGCAAAUGAAGGCUGUCCAGCUCACACCCGAGGCACGGAGACCACGGCAUGCACAGACCUGCUGCAGGUCCGCGGCCCGGAGGGCGGAUUGGCACGUGGUGGGCAGCAAAGGUGCUGGGCAGCGACGGUGCUGGGCAGAGCCGCCAGUGUGCCCUCCUUGCACUACCAAGCGCAUGUGGCUGAGCAGGGACACAGAGGUUCUUCGAAGGACAGAGGACCCCACCAGGGGUGCAGCCCACUGGAGGCCCACCCUCCUGGCAGGAGGUGCAGGACACCUCAGGUUGGCCCUCAGCCCCAGCCCUUCUGCCUGGACCCCCUAAUCCCUGGCCUCACUGGGUGCUGCCCCCCAGCCCUGUGGGCCUUUUUGACUCUUGCUCCUGUGAGGAGACCCCUGACAUGGACAGCCCCUGCCCACCCUUUGCCAGGGGACAGAGACCCCGUCACGCCACGUGCCUUGCUUUCGCGUGGGAGGCCCACCCACCUCCUGCCUGGCCUCUCCAGCCAGUCAGGUGCCCUGUGCUGGCUGAAUGCCUGCGUACAAUAAACGCGUUGGAACACUG